CUUCGAGAACUUUGAAUUUCUGACAAACUCAAAACUACAGGACCACGCUCAGCAACCACAUAUUACCGACUCCUCCAACUCCAUAUACCGUCUUCCUAUAAACCUUCUAUCAACCAUAUGAUACCUCGAAUCCUCAAUUGCUCCCCACUAAACCAUGGCAACGCCACCUGACACCGGCAUAUCGCUCUCCUGGUCCAGCGUAUUCAAUGUCGCCCCCGAAAGCACCAAGACUAAGAUCCUCCCAGGAGAUAAAAUCCUCCUCCCGCAAUCCGCACUCGAGCAGCUCCUCUCCGCCUCUACCGUCACAGUCCCCUCCUCGAAUCGCGUAAACCCCCUCUCUUUCGAUCCCUUCAACCCAUACUCCCUUGCCGCGGCGCGCGCAGAGCAGGUGCAAUGGCGAGACACACAACAGCAGUUACCGCAUCCUCUUACAUUCCGCCUAGUAAAUUCUGUGAAUGGAAAUGUAGUAUAUGCGGGGAUCAGGGAGUUCUCUGCAGAAGAGGGAGAGGUGGGGUUGAGUCCGUUUUUGCUGGAGGCGUUGGGUGUGGUGCAGCCUGAGGGUAGGAUUAAGAAAGCUGUGUCAAUACAUUCGGAUGACGAAGGAUCGCCGGACGCGCCGAUCGACUUGACGGACGAUAAUGAGGACGAGGAUCUUAAGAAAAUAGAACCACCGAGGAUUACAGUCCAUGCAAAGCAGUUGCCCAAGGGAACGUACGUACGGUUACGGCCUCUAGAAGCUGGCUACAAUCCCGAAGAUUGGAAAUCUUUAUUGGAGAGACAUUUGCGAGAGAAUUUCACGACCUUGACAAAUGGGGAGAUAUUGACUGUGCGGGGAUCCAAAUCAGAAGAAUUCAGGUUCCUGAUCGACAAGUUUGCGCCGGAGGGAGAUGGAAUAUGUGUGGUUGACACGGAUCUGGAAGUCGAUAUCGAGGCUUUGAACGAAGAGCAAGCUAGAGAAACAAUGAAGCAGAUCAUGGCCAAAGCACAAAAAGCACCUGGAACAGCUGAAGGGAGUUCUGUUGGUGGAGAUUUAAGCAUCUGGAAACCCUCGGCAGGACAGGUUCUGAGCGGAGACUACGUGGAUUACCAGUUACCUUCUUGGGACCGAACGCAAGGAAUUGAGAUUGAGUUGACGACAGAAGAUGGGGACUUGGAGUUAUUUGUCAGCCCUUACUCGCCUCGUCAGAGAGCAAGACCGCGGGAAGAUGAGUAUGUAUUCGGAGACUUCAGCAGCGAUCCAGUGAAGAGGAUUAAAAUCUCAGCAACGAACAUCGAGCUUGAGAAUGCCGAAGCUCUCUACAUCUCUAUCUACGCCCGGCCUUCAGAAAACGAAUCUUCGAGUCCUCGAAAGUUCUCCCUGGCCUUCAAAUCUCUACCCAAAGCAGUCAACGGCACGACCAAAUCUCCCAUCAUCCUCGACGCCGAAGACAAAGACACAGAAAUGCACAGUCCCGAGGAACAACAAUGCAAAAACUGCUUACAAUGGGUCCCCUCCCGAACAAUGAUGCUCCACGAAAACUUCUGCCUGCGGAACAACAUCCUCUGCCCGCACUGCUCCCUAGUCUACAAGAAGACCUCCCCCGAAUGGACAUCCCACUGGCACUGUCCGCACGACACCUCCCACGGCAACAGUCCUUCUUCCCGCCUUACCCACGAUAUCAUAUUCCACACUCCCCAUCCCUGCCCCUCCUGUCCCUACACCGCGUCUAACCUCCCCCUACUCGCCACCCACCGCACAACCACCUGCCCCAGCAAGCUCAUCCUCUGCCAAUUCUGCCACCUGGAAGUCCCGCAAGAAGGCGACCCAUUUUCACCCACCCCAUCCGCCGAAACGCUCCUCUCAGGCCUCACACCACACGAGCUCGCCGACGGAGCACGCACAACAGACUGCCAUCUCUGCAGUCGGAUAAUCCGGCUUCGGGACAUGUCCACGCAUUUAAAACACCAUGAAUUAGAGAAGAUCACGAAAGCCAAGCCGGAGAUAUGCCGUGUUGUGAAUUGUGGGCGGACGCUCGGCGGCGUGGGGAGGAAUGGGGAGAUUGGGGCGGGGAGUAGGGUCGGUCAGGGGCCUGGGAAUGGGCUGGGGGUGUGUAGUAUAUGUUAUGGGCCAUUGUAUGUUAGUAUGCACGACCCUGAGGGAAAGGCGAUGCGGCGACGUAUCGAGCGACGAUAUCUCUCGCAACUCAUCUCAGGGUGCGGGAAGGCGUGGUGUAAGAACGAGUAUUGCAAGACGGCUAGGGCGAAAGGGAACGUGAAAGGGGGAAAGGUGGUUGAGAUUUUGACAACUCAGCUGGCGUUACCGAUUGUGAAGCCGUUGGUGGAUGAGAUUGGGGAUAAGAGUAAGCCGUGUUAUUUCUGUGUUGAUGAGGGGAGUCAGAGGAGGAGGGGAAUGGCAGAGAUGUUGGCUGCGGAGGGGGUUUAUGAGCUUGAGUGGUGUGUUGCUGCUCUUGAGGCGGAAGGGGGUGGGUUGGAUGGUGCGAGGACUUGGUUGGGCAAUUGGGCGCCGAAGAGGGUGUGAUUGGUGGUGACGUGGAUUUAUGGAAUGAGCUUGGGUUGAGUGAAAGGCUCGUGGAUAGACACAACUGCAUUGCCAGGUGGUACUUGCAUAGCGAUUUACCUUCUCUAUAGAAUUUUAAGACAAUUGAGGUGAUGUAAAUGAGAUAAU